UCAUGUUGAUAACUGGGGGCCUCGCUAACACACUACAUCAAGAGACAAGUGAAGAUGGCGGAUGUGUUGAGUGUUCUCCGUCAGUAUAACAUCCAGAAAAAAGAAAUCGUCGCAAAAGGAGAUGAAGUUAUAUUUGGAGAGUUCUCCUGGCCGAAAAAUGUCAAGACCAACUACAUAAUAUGGGGUACUGGCAAAGAGGGCCAGCCUAAAGAGUACUAUACUUUGGACUCUAUCUUGUUCUUGCUCAACAAUGUGCAUCUCCCGCAUCCAUCCUAUGUGCGAAGAGCUGCAACAGAGAACAUCCCUGUCGUCAGACGACCUGAUCGAAAAGGCUUGCUGUCAUAUCUCAAUGGCGAAAGUUCUACAUCAACAAGCAUCGACAGAAGUGCGCCUAUAGAAAUAGGUUUGCAACGGCCAACGCAAGUCAAACGAGCAGCUGAUGAGGUAUCUUCUGAAGCCAAAAAACCAAGGAUUGAGGAUGAGGAGCGUGUGCGUCUGGAUAAGGAGCGUCUGGCUGCCCGUCUGGAGGGCCACAAAGAGGGCAUCGUGCAGACUGACCAGAUCAGAUCGCUGUCUGAGGCCAUGUCAGUGGAGAAGAUUGCAGCCAUCAAAGCCAAGAUUAUGGCCAAGAAACGUUCCACCAUCAAAACAGAUCUGGAUGACGACAUAACCUUGAAGCAGAGAAGCUUUGUGGACGCUGAAGUGGAUGUCACCCGAGAUAUUGUCAGCAGAGAGAGGGUCUGGAGAACCAGGACAACCAUUCUCCAGAGCACUGGAAAGAACUUCUCCAAGAACAUCUUUGCCAUCCUUCAGUCAGUGAAAGCAAGAGAAGAGGGGCGAGCACCGGAGCAAAGACCAGCACAGAACACUACUCAGGCGGACCCGUCCCUAAGGAAUAAGCAGCCUGUCCCAACUGCUUACAACAGAUACGAUCAGGAGCGAUUCAAAGGAAAAGAGGAAACGGAGGGUUUCAAGAUCGAUACCAUGGGCACCUACCACGGCAUGACCCUCAAGUCUGUGACGGAAGGGGCGUCUGCUCGGAAGGCCCAGACCCCGGCGCUGCAGCCUGUCCCUCGUCCAGUUUCUCAAGCCCGACCCCCACCUAAUCAGAAGAAAGGGUCCCGGACACCCAUUGUCAUCAUCCCCGCUGCCACCACCUCACUCAUCACAAUGCUCAAUGCAAAGGAGCUUCUGCAGGAUCUAAAGUUUGUCACAUCAGAAGAGAAGAAGAAGCAGGGAAUCCAGCGCGACAACGAGGUUUUGCUUCAGAGGCGCAAAGAUCAGAUCCAGCCCGGCGGCACAACACUGAGCGUCACUGUGCCGUACCGCAUCAUCGAUCAGCCGCUCAAACUGGCUCCGCAGGACUGGGAUCGAGUGGUGGCUGUGUUUGUGCAGGGUCCUGCCUGGCAGUUCAAAGGCUGGCCGUGGCUGCUGCCUGAUGGAUCCCCUGUCGACAUUUUCGCCAAAAUUCGAGCCUUUCAUCUGAAGUAUGACGAGGCAAAGACGGACCCCAACGUGCAGAAGUGGGACGUGACCGUCCUGGAGCUGAGCCGCCACAGGCGCCAUCUGGACCGGCCCGUCUUCCUGCGCUUUUGGGAAACCCUCGACAGAUACAUGGUGAAACACAAAUCUCACCUCAGGUUCUGAGCCCAGAUCACAGCGUCCAUCUCCAACCUUCAAGCUCUCCCCGGUCCACCUCUCGCAGAGGUGUCCACUCUAAACCAAGCUGCCAUCCCAUCUCCCACCAUUAUCCCCAUGUUAAUAGGAGGAGGCCAGAUUAUGCAGUGGACUUCCUCCAACACUUCCUCUGUGGAUACGUUGCUCUGGACACCAGAGACGAGAUUUAGGGGAUUUUUGUGUUUUUGUUGUAUUUGUUUUCUAAUGUUUUCAUGUAGUUCAACAAGAUACCAAAAUAUGUUUUAUAUAAAAAGGCAACAUACUGUGGGGACAAAUACAUACUGGAGUCAGAGGAAGAGAAGUUUGCAUUUUUGUUGUCAACUCAGCAAUGUUUGGACUGAGAGAAGUGUGAACAUGACUCAGUACAAACUCAACAGCCACUUAGAUUAAGGAAAGAGACUUCCUUUACAGUUCUCUUUUGUUAUGUUGGGUGUUUGUGGUCUGAAUGUACAUAUAUGAUACAAACCAUCAGAGCCAAAGCUCUUGGAGCAGAGAGGAGGACACAGUUAAGUGAUUUGUUAAUACUUCAGAAGAAAACUCUGCUCUGGUUCAGUUCAAUGAUCUCAGUCAGUUCCUAGUUCAGUUUUUCACAGAACAGCACAUAUUUGGUCAUGCAAUGACCCUGUUAAAGUCUUUUUUUUUCUUCUUCUUCUUCUUCUUCUUCUUUGUUGGUCUUGUGCUAGAAGAGAGAAGUAAUGGAAAGUAUUGCUUUAUGUCAUUACAUGAAAAUAGACAAUAAAGCCUCAAAGAAACAAAUA